GUACUUUUUCUGAAGCAUUGGAGACUCAGAGAAAGAGAAAAAGAGUGCAAUGGCGAAGGAAGGAUGUGAGAUUGAAGCUUUAGAUAUUGAUUACAACAUCACUGAACGGAAGAUUAAUGUUAAUCCUUUCGGAAUUUUUACAAGGAAACCGGUGGUGGAAGCUGAUCAACAGGUUAAGACAGAAGAAGAGCCAUGGAAGCUGGAGGAUGGAAUCUGCAAGCAAGUUAAGCACGUACUAAAAGGAGUGAGAUGCAGAGCCAGACCAUGGGAGAUUCUUGCCAUUGUUGGUCCAAGUGGUGCAGGGAAGUCUUCUUUGCUUGAAAUUUUAGCUGGAAGACUCAUCCCUCAAACCGGAUCAGUUCUUGUCGACCAGAGACCGGUUGAUCGAGCUAAUUUCAAGAAAAUCUCUGGUUAUGUCACUCAGAAGGACACUCUGUUUCCUUUGCUUACUGUGGAGGAAACCCUUUUGUUCAGUGCCAAGCUGCGUUUAAAGCUCCCUGCAGAGGAACUGAGAUCUCGGGUUAAGUCGUUGGUGCGUGAGCUUGGUCUCGAAGCUGUAGCCACGGCUCGUGUUGGAGAUGAUAGCAUCAGAGGGAUAUCAGGUGGAGAGAGACGCCGUGUCUCUAUAGGAGUUGAAGUUAUUCAUGACCCCAAAGUUCUGAUCCUUGAUGAGCCAACCUCUGGUCUUGAUAGUACUUGUGCUCUGCAGAUCAUAGACAUGCUCAAACUCAUGGCUGAAACACGUGGACGGACAAUAAUUUUGAGUAUCCACCAACCGGGAUUUCGCAUAGUCAAACUGUUCAAUUCUGUUCUUUUGUUGGCCAAUGGCUCGACACUGAACCAAGGCUCGGUGGAUCAGCUUGGCUUCUACUUAAGGUCAAACGGUUUGCAGCCUCCUCUCCACGAAAAUAUAGUUGAAUUCGCCAUUGAGUCAAUCGAAACCAUCACUAAGCACCAAAGGCUACAACCGCAAAGCAGAAGAGUAGCUCUUGUCCUAACAUCUCAAGAGAAGAGAUCAGAAGAUAGUCAAGGGGAGAGCAGAAGUGGCAAGUUCACACUACAACAGCUGUUUCAACAAUCAAAGGUCGCUGAUGUAGGAACGAUGAAAAUAGGCACAGAUCUCAAAAGAGAUUUCGCGAAUUCGAGACUAGGAGAAACUAUGAUACUAACUCAUAGGUUCUCCAAGAACAUUUUCAGAACCAAGGAGCUGUUUGCAUGCAGGACGGUUCAGAUGUUAGGUUCAGGAAUUGUUCUCGGUCUGAUCUUCCACAAUCUUAAAGAAGAUUUAAAAGGCGCAAGAGAAAGAGUAGGCCUCUUUGCAUUCAUAUUGACUUUCCUGCUAACUUCAACAAUAGAGGCACUCCCUAUAUUUUUGCAAGAAAGAGAGAUUCUCAUGAAGGAAACCUCAAAUGGAAGCUACAGAGUUUCUUCAUACGCCGUCGCAAAUGGACUUGUUUACUUGCCGUUUCUGCUCAUUCUAGCGAUUCUUUUCUCCAUCCCAGUGUAUUGGCUAGUGGGGCUAAACCCUAACUUCAUGGCCUUUCUGCACUUUCUGCUCCUUAUUUGGUUGGUCCUCUACACAGCAAACUCAGUGGUUGUGUGCUUUAGUGCACUGGUUCCUAACUUCAUCGUUGGGAACUCAGUGAUUUCCGGUGUGAUGGGUUCCUUCUUUCUCUUCUCCGGCUACUUCAUAUCGAAGAAUGAGAUCCCUGGUUACUGGAUUUUUAUGCACUACAUCUCUCUGUUCAAGUACCCUUUUGAAGGGUUUUUGAUAAACGAGUUCUCUAAGUCAAGCAAGUGUUUGGAGUAUGGAAUCGGAAAAUGCUUGAUGACAGAGGAGAGUCUACUGAAGGAAGAAAGGUAUGGAGAGGAAAACAGAUGGAGAAAUGUUGUGAUCAUGCUAUGUUUUGUCUUGCUCUACAGGUUUAUUUCCUAUGUGGUUCUCAGGUGUAGAUGUUCACAAAGAAAUUUCAAGAGCACUCUUGUCUGAUACAUGUUGUAACAUUAAUGUUUUUUCUUCUGCAAGACGUUGGGUUACACGUUUGUUCAAAUGCUU